AGAUGAAAUGUUAGCGCUGUCACCAAGCUUUCUGAGUGCAGCUGGCAUCAUGGGUGUGCUCCAGAGCAACGUCUGUUUGCUCUGAGCCCCCAGCCUGCCUCCCCUUUCACCAUGUUUCCUCUGGCAAGGUUUUAAGUACAGCAGUUCAAGAAGAUUUUCCCUCCUAAACUAUGUCAUUCUGAAGUGUAUUGCCUCUUGAUUGCUGGAAAAGAAUCUUAAAUUUAUUUGAAAAGUUAAUUUAUGAGCAAACUUACUAAAAGUGAUGAAAGGAGUAUUAACAACUGAAUAGCACGAAUUUUUCACUGUGCCAAAACUUGCAUUGUCUUUCAGAGGAAACUAUAAAAGAUCUGGUGAGUGUACCAUGCCAGUGGGGAGAAUUGAAUGUCCCUCAUCUCCCUCUUUCCCUAGGGACAGUAGUCAUGAGUGUCGAGUGUGUGGGGUCACAGAAGUGGGUCUCUCUGCAUAUGCAAAACACAUUUCUGGUCAGCUGCACAAAGAUAAUGUGGAUGCUCAGGAAAGAGAAGAUGAUGGAAAGGGAGAGGAAGAGGAAGAAGAUUAUUUCGACAAGGAACUCAUUCAGUUAAUAAAACAAAGGAAAGAACAGAGCCGACAAGAUGAAGCUUCCAGUAGCAGCCAAGAAAUAAACCCUGAAGACAGACGACCCCAAUGGAGACGAGAAGACCGAUUCCCUUACCAAGACAGAGAGAAUUACAGUCAGCCUGUAUGGCACCAUCGUGCACCUCCUCAGCGGGACUGGAAAUGGGAGAAAGAUGGCUUUAAUAAUACUAGAAAAAACAGCUUUCCACAUUCUUCGAGGAACAGUGGUGGACAAAGAGGAUGUUCUGGGUGGCAUAAAGGUGUUGGAGGCUCCUCAACUUGGUUUCACAACCAUAGUAAUUCUGGAGGUGGUUGGCGUUCAAAUAAUGGCACAGUAGAUUGGAAUCAUAAUGGUACAGGAAGAAAUUCCAGUUGGCAUUCUGAAGGAACAGGUGGCUUUUCCAGUUGGCAUAUGACUAGCAGUAACGGAAACUGGAAAUCCAGCGUGCGUGGUACAAAUAGCUGGAAUUACAAUGGCCCUGGAGACAAAUUUCAACCAAGCAGAAACAGAAAUUCUAACUGUCAAAUGGAAGACAUGGCUAUAGUAAGGAACAAGAAAUCCAAUAAGUCAAACAAAUACAACCAAGAGAGAUAUAAUUGUCUACGGCAAGAAAAUGACAAAGUUGGUACAGUUGCUACAUACCCUUCUCCUGAAGGAUUUGCAAAUGAUAACUUUUCUUCAGAAGGCUUAUUUGACUUCAAUUUUGAGCACCUGGAAAGCCCAACCAUUAAACAAACAGAUAUAGCUCCCAAGGUGGGUGGAAAGAAUGGCAGUGUAGCAAAGGAAAAGUUCCGUCGCUGGACUCCUUACCCUUGCCAAAAGGCUCUGGAUUCACAACCUGGGUUGAAAGACUUCACUGGUAGCAAGUCAGAGAAGACAGAUAAGCCUUUCUUUGAUUUUAACUUGAUGGCUACAGGAACACAAGCACCCCAAACUGAUGAAACAAGUAAUUCCCCAAGGCUGAAAACACAAAAUGAAACACAUACAGAAUCUUUUCCUCACACAGCCACUUCUGACUGCACAGCUUCCUAUGAGGCGAUAAGAGAUUGUCCCGUUACAGAAAAACCAGAACAAAAGCAUAACUCAAAUAAGAUGCCAACACUGAAAUCCGUACACCUUCCACUUCCAGGCACUAAAUCAAUUUCUCAAAAACCAGAACCAAAGAAUCUUGCAAAAAAUGUCAAGACUAAUUCUUUUAUUCCUGGCAAACACGUAAGUCCCUUGAAUAGACCCAUUUUAGAAGAUAAUCAUAGUUCUUACAUAUCCAAAUUACGUAGUGGUUUUAAAGGGAAUAAAAGUAUAUUUGGCAUUCAAAGGGAGCUCUGUGAAAAUUUAACUAAUACAAUACAAAAAGCUAAAGAGACGCCACAUGAAUCAGUGCCAAAGCCAUCACUUACUACUUCUAAAAGGACCAGGAGCUAUGCAAAAGCAAGUAGAAAUGUAGAAGAGUCUGAAAAAGGAUCUUUGAAGAUUGAGUUUCAAGUACACACAUUAGAAGAUGAAAGCGAUGGAGAGAUAUCUGACACUGAAAAGCGUGGAACAAAGAUUGGAGCCCUGGAUUCUGCAGCUACAGAGGUUUUAUCCUGCAGUACUCAUUCUGUUGAUGAGAAAGAGGGGAAUGACCAAAUCCUGAAAACACCUAGAAAACUGUCCAGUUCCCCAUGUAUUUCCACAGUUCACAAGAAAGAAUCUGAGUUACAAAUGACAUGUGUAGAUAGUCCCCACGCUGGCUUAUUGCUAGACUUGAAAACCUCUCUAGUAGAAGAUGCACAGAUUGUUGACCCUGUUAAACCUCACGUAUCUUAUGAAACAGAAGGCUUUGAGAGUACUAGCUUGGAUGCAGAGCUUCAAAAAAGUGAUAUAGGUCAGCCCCCAGCCUCACUCCUACCUGAACUAAGUAAGCUUGGCUUUCCCGCCUCUCUCCAGAGAGAUCUAACCCGGCACAUUAGUUUGAAGAGCAAAACUGGAGCACACCUUCCUGAGCCAAACCUCAAUAGUGCUCGCCGCAUUCGCAACAUUAGUGGUCACCGAAAGAGUGAGACAGAGAAGGAAUCUGGGCUCAAGCCGACCCUCAGGCAGAUUCUAAAUGCAUCUCGGAGAAAUGUCAACUGGGAACAGGUCAUUCAGCAAGUGACCAAGAAAAAGCAAGAAUUGGGCAAAGGCUUACCCAGGUUUGGCAUAGAAAUGGUGCCCCUGGUUCAAAAUGAGCAAGAGGUCUUGGAUUUGGAUGGGGAGUCUGAUCUGUCCAAUCUAGAAGGAUUCCAGUGGGAAGGUAUUUCUAUUCCCUCACCCCCUGGUUUGGCCAGGAAACGAAGCCUUUCUGAGAGCAGCGUGAUCUUGGACAGGGCUCCGUCUGUAUAUAGCUUCUUAUGUGACGAAGACACAGGCAAAGAAAAUGAUUCUCAGCAUAGCAUUUUGUCUGAUAACUCGAUGAGGAUUACACAGAGCCAGAAAGUAACUGUGGGCUUUAAACAGGAAAUCUCACCUCUGGCUGCUUCCCUAAGAACUGGUGAAAUGGCCAAAAAUGUUGCUACCCGAAGGCGACAUAGUACACAAUUACCCUCUGACUUUACAAUACCUUUGAUACAUUCGGCAAAAGACCUGAGCAGCCAGGAGAGUUCUACACCACCUUCAGAGAAUCAGAAUGUCCAAGAGAGUAAUGGAGACGGAAACAUGGUCUCGUCAAAUGCAUCUUCAGCCCUUGCAAACUCUAGUCUGGUGGAUGCAGCCACAGACAGUAGCUGCACCUCUGGUGCUGAACAAAAUGACGGCCAGAGUAUUCGAAAGAAACGAAGAGCCACUGGAGAUGGAUCUUCUCCUGAACUCCCAAGUCUUGAGAGAAAAAAUAAAAGAAGGAAAAUUAAAGGAAAAAAAGAACGUUCUCAAGUUGAUCAGCUGCUGCAUAUUUCCUUAAGGGAGGAAGAACUAAGUAAAUCUUUGCAGUGCAUGGAUAACAACCUUUUGCAAGCUCGUGCAGCACUUCAAACAGCUUAUGUUGAAGUCCAGCGACUACUUAUGCUCAAGCAACAGAUAACUAUGGAGAUGAGUGCACUGAGGACCCAUAGAAUACAGAUUCUACAGGGAUUACAAGAAACAUACGAACCUGAGCAUCCAGACCAGGUUCCCUGUAGCCUUUCACAAGAACAAAGGAACAAAUCGCAAACAUCUGCUGAUGCCACGAUGCUACCUACUCCCUUCUUCCCCGUUUUUUUGGACCCUCCAUCUUCCCAUGUGUCUCCAUCAUCCACAUCUGUUACUUUCCAAGUCCAUGGCAGUGUCCCAGCUCCAGAUUCAUCAGUUCAGAUUAAACAAGAGCCCAUGUCUCCUGAACAUGUGGAGAAUGUGAACACUGUGCCACAAGACUCUGCUGGUACUCUGUCCAAGGAAUUACCUCCGACUAAUAGAGAGAGCAGUGACAGUACUCCAGUUUACCCAGUCAUCACUGCAACAUUGUCUUUAUCAGAGCUCACAGAGAGUUUCCGUGAGGCUAGUGAAGAACUGAAGCGUUCUAUGGAGCAAGGAAAUAUCAGACACAAAGAAUAUUCUCCCUCUACCCAACCAACUGCUCUUCCUAACAUACAUCAAGAAGGAGAAGAGCCAGCCAAAGGCAACAGUGGUUCGGAAACCUGUACCAGUUCUUUCCCAAGAUUAUCCUUUACUUCAGAAACCCCUUUGGAAAGGGAGCUCCACUCUGCAGCUGACCAGCCUGAGCAACAGGCAGAAUCCACCCUGACAUCAGUUGAAAGUAGGGGAAACAAGAAAAAGAAAAAACUAAGGAAGAAGAAAACUCUACGGGCGGCCCAUGUUCCUGAGAACAGUGACACCGAACAGGAUGUGUUUACUGCCAAACCUGUAAGGAAAGCAAGGACUGGAAAGUUAACUAAAGGGGGCAAAGUAACAACAUCCACCUGGGAAGAUGGCAGACCUGGUCAGGAACAAGAGAGUGUCAGAGAGGAGCCAGACAGUGACUCGUCUCUGGAAGUCCUGGAGAUUCCUAAUCCACAGCAAGAAGUUGUAACCAUUAAUUCUUCAGAAUCUGAAGAAGAGAAACCAGACAGCCCAUCUAAAAAGGAUCUCGGGAACUCCACAGAGCAAAACCCACCAGAAGCUGCUCGUUCUGGUUGCGACGAAGUUAGCUCUACCAGUGAGAUUGGCCCUCGCUGUAAGGAUGACGUCCCUGUAAGUGUGGCUGAAACUCAGACUGUGAUCUCCUCCAUAAAAAGAUCAAAAAACUCUUCAGAAAUAUCUUCAGAGCCAGGAGAUGAUGAUGAACCCACAGAAGGGAGCUUUGAGGGGCACCAAGCUGCAGUAAAUGCAAUACAAAUAUUUGGGAACUUACUGUAUACCUGUUCAGCAGAUAAGACUGUCCGAGUUUAUAAUUUGGUGAAUCGAAAAUGCCUAGGUGUUUUUGAUGGCCAUACCUCCAAAGUGAACUGCCUCCUGGUUACUCAGACAUCUGGGAAGCAUGCUGCCCUGUACACUGGCUCCAGUGAUCACACCGUCCACUGCUAUGAUACUAAGACCCGGGAGUGUGUGGAGAAGUUACAUCUGGAAGACCGGGUCCUGUGCCUCCACAGUAGAUGGCGAAUCCUCUAUGCAGGCCUGGCAAAUGGCACUGUGGUCACCUUCAACAUAAAGAAUAACAAACGACUUGAAGUCUUUGAGUGCCAUGGCCCUCGGGCCGUCAGCUGCCUCGCCACAGCUCAGGAAGGUGCCCGAAAGCUGCUGGUUGUGGGAUCCUAUGACUGCACCAUUAGUGUGCGCGAUGCACGGAAUGGACUGCUCCUCAGAACUUUGGAGGGCCAUAGCAAAACCAUUCUUUGUAUGAAGGUGGUGAAUGACCUUGUGUUCAGUGGUUCCAGUGAUCAAUCCGUCCAUGCCCACAAUAUUCACACAGGUGAACUUGUGCGGAUCUACAAAGGCCACAAUCAUGCGGUGACUGUGGUGAAUAUCCUAGGGAAAGUGAUGGUGACUGCUUGCCUGGAUAAAUUUGUUCGUGUCUAUGAAUUACAGUCCCAUGAUCGAUUGCAAGUUUAUGGAGGACACAAAGACAUGAUAAUGUGUAUGACCAUUCAUAAAAGUAUGAUCUAUACUGGCUGUUAUGAUGGCAGUAUUCAGGCUGUGAGGCUAAAUCUGAUGCAGAAUUACCGUUGUUGGUGGCAUGGUUGCUCUCUAAUAUUUGGUGUCAUAGAUCAUUUGAAACAACACUUGCUGACUGACCACACGAAUCCAAACUUUCAAACUCUGAAAUGUCGCUGGAAGAACUGUGAUGCUUUUUUCACUGCAAGAAAAGGAUCCAAACAGGAUGCUGCGGGACACAUUGAACGACAUGCUGAAGAUGAUAGCAAAAUUGAUUCAUGAAGUUUUUUGCCUCCCAUGUUGGGAAGUCAUUAGUUUGACUCUUUUCACAUCAGCCCCUCAUACAAGCCUUUCUCUUUCCUUCCCCAGGGAAGCAGUGAAGGAGAAAGUGCCAGGCUUACCAAUAACAUAAGUCUGGGCAGCUCCAUGGGAUGAUAGGUUAUACUUUUAAGUUCUUGCUGGAGGGUUGUCAGAUAUAAACAGAUUUUAAGGAAUUAUACUCCUCUGGAGCAGUAUGGCAUAGUGAUUUAUGCUACUAGUGUUUCCAGAUGUUUAUUGAAGAUACUGAUCUUAAUUGGUUACCCAUACUUUAUUGAUGUUCAGCUUGUGAAUUCUAGUUUAUGUUCUUAUAUGGUUUAGAUCUAUAGUCAGUCUUUUAAUACAAGUUUGUUCAAAUGCUAAUGUUUGCAGAAUCCACUUUAAUUUCUCCAGUUGUAAUAACUGGAUAUUAAAUUGAAAGCCAAUAGUUUCCUUUCUUAACAAUUAUGUGCAUUGUGUUUCAAUAUUCUCUAGCAUUGUAAAUGGACAGAGUGGCUUUAAAUGCUAAAAGACACUCAGUCUAUCAGCUAGAAUGACUGCUCUGCUGACUGUAUUUCAAGAUUCAAAAAGCCAAUCACACAGUACAUCCUAGGGAACCUCUGUAAGUCUUGCUAGAAUGCUUAGUGCAAAGCAG